AUGGAUGGAACUCUUUUAAAUACUGAAAACCUCUACACAGAAGCAGCAUCAGAUGUGCUAGCACAAUUUGGAACAGGUCCUUUAACGUGGGAUGUGAAGAUUCGUCUUCAAGGUUUACCUGGAAUCGAGGCUACAAAAAUUAUUAUCAAAGAAUAUGAAGUUCCAGCAACACCGGAAGAGUUUAUGAAACUUUCUAUGUCUGUCCUGGAAAAAAAAUGGCAUAGAAGCGCUUUUUUGCCCGGUGCAUUAGAGUUAUUGAAUUAUCUCGAACAAAAGGGUAUUCCUAUGGCAUUGGGUACAAGCUCAAACACGAUCAAUUUUCAAAGAAAGACUAAUCACUUGCAACAUGGUUUCAAGCAUUUUGGCAGCCAUAUCGUUACUGGAGAUGAUGAUAGGAUCGGCCCUGGAAGAGGCAAACCUCAUCCAGAUAUUUGGCAUGUUUGCUUAAACAGUAUCAAUAGAGAAAGAGUAGAAAAAGGCUUAAAUGAAAUUGAAAUGGAGGAUUGCUUGAUUUUUGAAGAUGGUGUCGUUGGUGUUUUGGCAGGAGUUGCAGCAAGAGCCUACGUAAUCUGGAUUCCUGACAAAGAGGCCUUACGAUUAUUAGCUGGCAAAGAGAAAGAAAUAAUUGCAGACAGUGGAGAGAUUAUUCUGAGCCUUGAGAAUUUUGAUAUUAAAUAUUUAGACCUGUAG